AUGUCUGGUGGGCCGCAGCAUCCUUUUCAUACUCACAGCAAUCAGCACGACUAUUCCUACCCUCCCUUUUCAUCAGCGCCAAGCCAGUCGCCGCCUCCAUACGGAAACUUCAACGCCGCCCCCAACUACCAGCAGCCGGGCUCGUUUCUCCCUCAGGGCUCGACCCCUCACGCCAACUCGUUUCCUGCUCCGGACGCAAGCUAUCCCGGCAUAUACAAUCAGCCCACCUCGAACGACCACUUCGAAUCCAACCAGCACGCAUAUUUCGCUGCGUCUUCCGUCUUUCCUGGAGCCUUUGCUACUCUUCCAUCCGACUAUACCGCGGCUGGAGCCGAUCUUCGGGGUCAUCCUUCCCUUGCCUCUGCUCAGCACCUCCACCAGGGUCACUGGAAUCAGUCGCACUCGCCCCAGCCCAUCUCACAACGCGCCUACGAAAAUCACACUGCCGUUGCUCCCUCCCACGAGCAUUACCACCACCACCAGCAAUCGUCCCUAGCAUCUUCAGCUCCGUCCGACGCGAUAGCGCAGCUUCCGCUGAAGCAAGAAGCAGUUGACCUCGACUUCAUCUCAACCCCUCUGCUGCCCUCGAUUGACUCGACUACUCCGUCGCCUCAGAAGCCAGGUUUUCGCGUCAAACUCAAACGUACCUUCAAAUUGCAGGAAUCCAGCUCCGGCGGACAACAAGCUCAGGCACAGCUUCAGAUCGAUCCUUCCGCCACCAGCAACAUGCCGAUUGGAAGACCUACAAGGAGCGCUGCCAAUGCAGCCUCGGCCAACAUCCACACCUCUUUCUCUGACAAUACCGCCGGCCGUUCUCUUCGCACCCGCCAAGUCAAGCAGCAACCGGGUAGCGAGGAGGACUAUGAAGAAGACGCCGACGAGCAAGAUGACGACGAUGAGGACGCCGAUGCCGAUGAGGAUGCCGAUGGCGAGCAUAACGCUCAUGUCAAGCACGAAGCCGCUCACGACGAGGAAGACGAGCCAGAACCUAUCCUCUCAACCAGUCGUUCGGGUCGCAUUCGCCGCACCAAAGUGCUCAACAUGGCCGAAUCCGAAGCGUCCGAUGACGAGGACGAUGACGAAGAGGCGGGCAUACGACGCUCAUCUCGGCGUCUCAAGAGCAACGCCCUCGGCGGCUUUGUGGCCAGCGACAACGAAGAGGAAGAGGACGACGAGGGCGAGUAUGGAGCUAAACGCUCGACGCGUUCUACCGGACGACUUACUCGAGGCAGCUCCAGCAACCGUCUCGCUGAGAUGGCCGCAAAGAAGCGCGCCGCCAAUGGACGCGGUCGUCCCCCUAAACGCAAAGUCAAAGACGAUGAGUACGAGCUCGAAGGCGAAGAAACGCCCGAAGAGGAACAAAUCUCGGGUGCCGAGGAUGAUCCGCUCGACCUCCACAGCGACGAACCUGAGGGCAGCCAGGGCAAGUCCUACUCCCUUCGUCAACGCAAAAAGGUCAACUACUCACUCGUCCCGCCUCCAGCUUCGCCGCAAAGAGAUGGUUUUGGACGCACCAUUCGCAACAACCGCGGCCGUGGUGGCAAUGGCGUCUACGAUCUCGAUCCUGCUGGCAGCGGUGCGCCUUCUGGUGGCGCAGCUGCCGGUCUCCCCAUGCCUUUCCCCGGUCGCGGCAAGAAGGGCAAGGAGGGUUGGGAUGCACUGCCCUCUUCCAUGAGUGGCAAGGACUAUGCCCGGAUCUUCGGCGACCCGAUCGACAGUUCCGACGACGAGCUGCAAAACAAUGCGCUGCGCAAGCCAGGCGCAUCCGCCCCCCUUGGCGGUGGUGCUGCGGGCGGUCUGCUGGGUGCCGGUGGCGCUGGAGGUACAGGUGGGCCUCCAGGCGGCUUGACCGGCGCCGGCGGAACCGACAGCUUCGGUCGAAUCAAGAAGAGCGGCGAUCCGCUGGCUGACGUCGAUCCUCUCGGCGUCGACAUGAACAUCGACUUUGACAGCGUCGGUGGUCUCGAUGGCCACAUCCAGCAGCUCAAGGAGAUGGUCAUGUUGCCCCUGCUCUACCCCGAAGUCUUCCAACGCUUUAAGGUGACGCCGCCGCGUGGCGUGCUCUUCCACGGACCACCAGGCACCGGUAAGACGCUCGUCGCGCGUGCACUCGCUGCGAGUUGCAGUACCGAGGGACAGCAGGUCAGCUUUUUCAUGCGCAAAGGUGCCGACUGUCUUUCGAAAUGGGUCGGUGAGGCGGAAAGGCAGUUGCGUCUCUUGUUCGAAGAAGCCAGGAACUCGCAGCCAAGCAUCAUCUUCUUCGACGAGAUCGAUGGUUUGGCACCGGUGCGUUCGAGCAAGCAGGAUCAGAUUCAUGCCAGUAUCGUCAGCACCAUGCUUGCCCUCAUGGACGGCAUGGAUGGACGAGGUCAGGUCGUGGUCAUCGGAGCUACUAACCGGCCUGACAGCGUUGACCCAGCGCUCCGUCGACCUGGUCGAUUCGACCGAGAAUUUUACUUCCCGCUGCCUUCGCUCGAGGCGCGCAAGAGCAUCAUCAACAUUCACACCAAAAAGUGGGAGCCACCGCUCGACGACGACUUUAAGGCUAGGCUGGCCGAGGUCACGAAGGGAUACGGAGGUGCCGACUUGCGCGCUCUCUGCACCGAGGCCGCGCUCAAUGCGAUCCAAAGGCGAUACCCGCAGAUCUACUCGACCACGGACCGCCUACUUCUUGAUCCGGCUUCGAUCCAGGUCGACGCUAAGGACUUUAUGAUGUCGGUCAACAAAAUCGUCCCGUCCUCCGCGAGAGCAAGUGCGUCGGCAGCGGCACCCUUGCCGGAACGAUUGGCGCCGUUGUUGGGGUCCGUGGUCGAGGAUGCCAUCAGCGUGCUGGACAGGAUCCUUCCACCCGUCUCGAAGCGAAAUCCGCUGGAAGAGGCCCUCUACGAGGACGAUGCGUUUGCCCCCAAGGGCCUCACCUCCGGUCUCUCGGCAGCCGACAAGCUCGGAGGCGACCGCGGGUUCGGUCGUGAGAUGCUGUUGCAGUCCUUCGAAGCGCAGCGUGUCUAUCGCCCGCGAAUGCUCGUGCACGGUGCUGCUGGAAUGGGCCAGGGCGCCGUGGGGGCUGCGCUGUUGCAGCAUCUCGAGGGCUACCACGUCCAGUCGCUCGACAUUGGCACCCUGCUCGGCGACAGUGCGCGCACACCCGAAGCGGCCACCAUUCAACUUUUCGUCGAAGCCAAGCGACACAAGCCCAGUGUUCUCUACAUUCCCGGUCUCAUCCAUUGGUCACUCUCGGUUUCUGAGAGCGUCAAGACGACGUUCAAGGCGCUCCUCGAUGGUCUGACGGAUGCAGACCCUGUCAUGCUCCUCGGCAUCGCAGAAGCACCUCUAGACGAGCUCGACGACGAAGUGCAUUCGUGGUUCAACUUCCUCGACGAUGAUGUCGUGGAAAUCCCGCAACCGAACGAGGCGAGUCGACGCCAGUUCUUCCAGGAGAUCUUUGACCACAUCGUUCGCCCUCCCACUGAGUUCCCCGAUGCUCUCCCUCGACGCAAGAGGGUGCUCGAAGAGCUGCCGAAAGCACCGCCUCGCCCUCCACGCAAGCUUACGCAGGCCGAGCUGCAGCAGCAGGCCGAGAACGAUGCCAAGCUGCUCGAACAUCUCAAGUACCGCUUGGGGCCUGUGCUUGCUGAGCUCAGGAAGAAGUUCAAAAAGUUCACUCGCGAUGUUUGGGACGAGUACAAUUUGCGCGAACUCACGCAGACGUUUGAGUGGAAGCGCGAGAAGGGCAAGAUUACGAUCGAGCUGAUGUACUACGAGCCGCGACACCCGGUGGAGGCGGCCAACGACGAGACGGAGGAUGUGAAUGCGAUGCUCGAGACAGAGGCGGAUCUGGCAGCCAAGCGUGGCAUCACAGCAGCCCAGUUCAUGGGCCCUCCAGCGGCUAGCAUCCACGAGCUCCAGGCAGAACAGAAUUCCGAGAUGGCUGACGCUGAGACUGCUCCGACGGCCGUCGAAGGCGGCGAUGUGUCGAUGUCCAAUGGUGAUGCAACCGCCAAUGGUGCUGCUGCCAACGGAAUCGCCAAUGGCCGUGACGUGGUUGAAGGCGAGGGCUUUGGCGACAACGCCAAUCCGCCCGCGUCUUCUCAGAUCAAUGGUAUCGCCACGGCUGACGCUCCCAUCGCCGACCUGUCCUCUGCCGCUUCGAAUGCUGCUGCUGUUGACCCUUCCGCUGCUCCAGCUCUUGCAGACAAUUCCAUCGCUUCUGCGCUCGGUGCCGGAAACGGUCAUGGCAACGCUGCUGAUAACCCUGAUUAUCGCAGGCGCAUGAUGCCCAUCUGGACCACCAACCUCGAAAAGAUGCAGAAGCGCCUGUACUACAACGGCUACCUCUCGUGCUCUGCGUUUAUGGAGGACAUUCAAAAGAUUGUCGAAAACGCCGAGGAAGCAGCCGAGGUGGACCAGGAGCGCGUGUUUAGGGCGCACCAGAUGCGCAACUUGGCGAUUGUGUUGAUGGACCAGUACAUCGACGCCGGCUUCCGAGAAGAGUGCGAUCGAAUGGCACUGCGACAGAUGGCGAGAGAACAGGAGGCCAAAGAUGCGACGGAGAAGGCCAAGCAGAGUGCAGAGGAGGCAGCAGCCAAGAAGGCCGAGGGUGCCAAGGGCGAAAGAGCGAGCGCUAGGAUCGCGGGCAAAGAAGCAGAGCAUGCGACCGGCUUGGAGAACGGUGACAGGCUGAACAACAAGAGGCAGCGCAGCAUCAGCGCGCAAGCAACCUCAGCUGAAGCUGAAGCUGAGAAAGUUGCUGCCGGCCCAUCGGAUGCGAUUAUGGAAGAUGCAGCGCAUGAUGGCGAUGAAGAGGCGCGAAAGCGUGCUCGUAUCGGAUCGUCGCCGUCCGUCAACACCGUCUCCGCCGUCAACACUGAGGCCGCCGAGACGAAUGCCAUGAGUACCACCAGCACCAGCACUGUGGCCGCUGGCGCUGGUGCCCCCGUCGUCCCCGCCGAGGCUCCCGCGGCCCCAGUCGAGCCAACCCCCGAACAUCCACCGCUGCAAUACAAUGCAGCGUCGUACGAAAACCUGAAGACGUACAUUGUCACCUCUUCGUCGCCGUACAACAUCGAUCAGCUAUCGCGUCUGCGAGCGGCAUGCUUCAACGCGAUCUGGACCCAUCGAAGUGAUUGGGACCGCAACGAGCUGAUUGGCAAACUGAUCGAGAUCACAAAACGGUCGGAGGAUGCGGUUCGACGUGAGUUGAACAAGAAGGCACGCGGUGCGAUUGGUUUGUAG